CUGUAAAAAUUCUUACUUUCGAUGGUCGUCUAAUGUAAGAAUGAUACACCAUAGUACUUCUCACUCAUCGUGACGCCGCGUACUGUGUGACGUUUUCUAAAAAAUUCGAAUCUAUUGAACUUUGUACAAACAGUUGGGUGAUAUAUCUAAACGUUCAUCGAAAAGAUUAAUAUAUUUUUCUUUUCUUUUUUGUUUUUAUUUGUCUUUUAUAAUAAUAACAUUGGUGUUAAAUUAAUUAUUAUUAAAUCAACCAUAUAACACAAAGUUUACGAUUAAAGAUUGCUAGUAUUAUUUCUCAUAAGAAUUUUAAGGAAUAUAACCUCUGACCAAAAAACAAGGUUUACGAAAAGGUACUAUCUCAAUCUUGCCUUCUCACUUGCACUUCUACUACUACUACUACAUAACGGUGCCAUUAUAAGAGAAAGAAGAGUGAAACAAGAAGUAUUAUAUUGUGUCGAGUCGUGAAAAACGCUCGACUAUCAAAGUUCAAAGGGAUGCUACCAAAAUGGACCUGGAUCAUUGUUAAUCUUUUCAUAUACGCCAUAGCAACGUCAUAUGGCGAUCAUGCGAAACCAACCAUAGAAUUAACGGAACUUGGUUACGAGGAUACUUGUUAUGAUACUGCUACUGCCGAAUGGUCAUUCAUCAAUUAUUUUACAAAUCAAACAAUUUAUACGAUAUGGGAAGAAAAACAAAUACAAUAUGGAAAUUACAAAAAAAGUCAAAAAGAAGAAAUAGCAAGUAUUUCAGAAAUCAUUUCGGAAAAUCCUUUACUUGCUUACAAGUACAAUGUUAUUGAAAAACCUGGCGAUGCUUUACUCGAUGAACAAGAUUUCAAAGAGCUAGUGCACUUUUCUAGUAGUGCUGAAGUUUUACGAUCAACCGUUAAGUAUGUUGGUAAAACAAAGAAUUAUACGCGAGAAGACGUUGACCGAUUAUUAUCCCAUAAUGGACGUGACGAAGAUAAAUACGAUGCUUGGAAAUCCUGGCACGAGGAAUUGAUACCACUUGUUGGAAAUUUUUCUAAUAUUUUACAAUUAGUUGAUAAAGCUGCAAAAGCGAACGGUAUCAACAGCGUUGUAGAAUAUUGGGAAAUGUUAUCAGGAUAUCCAGAAGGUUACGAACAAAUCAAAUCGCAAUGGAAUGGAAUAAUAAAUCUUCAUAAAAAUAUUUUAGAAUUUUCACGAAAUCAUUUAUCUCAAAAGUAUGGGAUUAAUUUAACCGAAAGAAUACCGGCUCAUUUACUUGGUUCGUUACAAGGAUACGAUUGGAGUACUUUUUCGAUAGAUAUAUUACCAUAUUCGGAAAUAACAUUUGAUAUAAGAAAGAAUUUAUGGAAAAAAAAACUAUUAGGAAAAUCUUUAUAUAAAGCAGCAUCUAAUAUGGGUAGUAUAUUAUUAGGUCAAGUACCACAAUCUGAUUUUUGGAAAAGAAGUGAAUUUCAUCAGCAUUGUCCACCUAAGCUAGUAAACUUUUGCAAAUAUGGAAUUACACAAAUAUCCACAUGUUUCGAGCCAACUAUUACAAACUAUAUUUUAACACAUAAAAAUAUUGGAAAAAUUCUGUUUCAACAAAUGUCUGUUGAAAGAACUCCAAUUCUCAACACGGCAAACAGAUAUUCUGCUUUGGAAGAAGCCUUAUCUGAAUUGUUUGGAAUUUUAUCUGCUAGUCCAGUAUGGUUACAACGUAAUCAUUUGAUUUAUAAUGUAAGCGAUUCAGAUCAAAAAAUUGUUUCUUUGAUGAUUACUGCAUUAGAUGUGUUGCCAAGAUUAGCAUACUAUAUAUCUGCAGAUUUGUGGAGGAUCAAUGCUAUAGAAAACAAUAUUACAGAUUCAGCAGAAUUAAUAAAAUCAUGGUGGAAAUAUAGGUCAGAAUAUGAAGGAAUUAGUAAACCUGAAUCUAUUGAUUUACCAACAUUUUUAAACGAUGAAUAUAUUACAAGUAAUAAGCCAUAUCUUUCUAAAUUUGUUGGAAUAAUUCUUGGAUUUCAAAUUUAUGAAGAUAUUAUGAAAUCAACUGAAGUUAGAUACGAUAUUAAUACAAAAAAAGUCUAUUCAAAUUUAAUAAAACUAAUUCAUCAAGGAUCAGCAGAAAGUUGGAUGGAUGCAUUGGACAAAGUUCUUGAAAUGGACGAUAUAUCGAAAUAUUCUCUUACAUCUUUUUUCUCACCGUUAGAAAGUUUUAUUGAAGAAAUGAAUAUGGAAGAUAAUGAUCUUAAUUUUCAAUCUAAUGACGACGCUGAACUUGAAGAAAUCGAACGAAUGAUUAUCAAAGAAAUUAAUACACCAACCACAACAACACCGAGUACAACUACAACAACAAAAAUCCAUACAACUACGUUCUCGAUAAAAAAUAAAUACCCAUCGGAGAAAUUAAAUGAUUUAUCAAAAUCUAAGAAACCAUUAGAUUCUGAUUUAUCUUCUAAUAUUCAAGCUGAUAAACCAAAAAGUGAUACAGACUCUGUAACCGUAAAUCCUUUUGAAAAAUCAUUUGACUUCAGUGAUUUAGAAAAGCAAGAUGAACAAAAACCAAAGACACAUACCAGUACAGCAGUAUGGAUUGUUGCAGCUGUUCUUAUUGCAACAAUAAUUAUAUGUAUUAUCGCGAUAUUUGGUAGACAAAAAUGUCGCAAAACAUCCAAAAAUAGGCGCUACGUUUAACACUAUUUUAUCAACGAUAUAAUAGAAUAUUCUUUCUUCUUAUUUUUUUUUGUUUUUCUUCUCGCAUUUAGCACAUAAGUAUCUUUGGAAUCAUAUAAUUUAUUUAUCACAUAAACAAAAAAAAUAUCUAUUCGCUAAUAGAUUAAAUUUGUAACUUUUGAAUAAUUUCAUACAAACACAUUCCUU